AUGGAUGAUAGUACAAACACAUGCCGUCGGUCGCGUCGGUGUGAUGAUGGACGUCGGCGUGGUGCGAAUACGACGCGCGGCGUCGGCGGUGGCGUCGGCGACGGCACGCCCCGGGGGCUCGGCGCUUUCGGGCGAUUUGAAAACGCAUCCGCGGACGCGCGCGCGUCGAGCGCCGUGCGCGCGAUGCUCGGCGAGGGUGCGUCCACGGUGGGGCGUUCGACGAAAAAACGCGCGCGCGAUGGCGAGGACGCGGCGCCCGAUCUGGACGUCGACGCGCUGAUCGCCGACGCCGAGCGGGAUGGGUUGGAGGAUGCGCGUGUGAAAAACCAAGAGGAGUACGACGACGACGCGGAUUUCGACGAGGAGGAGGUGUACGCGCGCACUGGACAGGAGGGAGGGACGUCUGUCGUCGUAGACGCCGCCGAUCGAGCGAAUUGGGUGCGGAAACCGCUGAAGAAACCUCUGUGUGAUCGUUCGGACGCGCUGUUGUUUCAACAGUUGGACAUCGACUACGUCGUCGAUAAGCCGCACGAAACCUUAGGGAGUCGUCGAGGGAAAGGUGACGCCGCGGUGGUGCGAAUGUUCGGCGUAACGAACGACGGUCACAGCGUGUGCGCGCACGUGCACGGUUUCGAGCCAUAUUUUUACGCGUCGGUGCCGGAAAAUUUUGGCGAGGCGGAUUGCGAGACGUUUCGAAGGAGACUGAACGAGGAGGUCAGCUCGGCGAGGAAGAACGCGCCUGGGGUGUUCGUGAUCGCGGUGACGUUGGAGAGGAAGCAGAGUUUGAUGCAUUACAGCGAGAUGAAAGAUCGUUUGUUCGCGAAGAUCACGAUGGGGUUGCCGAACAUGGUGAGCGCCGCGCGUGGCAUCUUGGAGAAGGGGUUCAGCGUGCCCGGGAUCAGAGACGGAUCGUUCACGACGUACCCGACGUUCGAGUCCAACAUCGUCUACGCGCUGCGAUUCAUGGUGGAUUGUGGCGUGGUCGGUGGUAACUGGAUCGAGCUUCCGGCGGGGGAUUACAAGGUGAGGUCGAAGAAGGUGUCGCACUGUCAAAUCGAGGUGGACGUGUCGUACGAUAAAAUCAUCUCGCACCCAGCGGAGGGUGAAUACUCGAAGCUCGCGCCGUUUCGCAUCUUGUCGGUGGACAUCGAAUGCGCCGGGCGAAAGGGACACUUUCCUGACGCCAAGCAAGACCCCGUGAUCCAGAUCGCGACAUUGGUGACGGAGCAAGGGAGCGACAAACCGAUCAUUCGCGCCGUGUGGACACUUGACACGUGCGCGCCGAUCGUCGGCGCCGACGUCUUGAGCUUCAAGGAUGAACGAGAGUUACUGAGGAACUGGGGCAGUUUUCUUCGAGGGUGUGAUCCGGACUUGUUGAUUGGAUACAAUAUCGUGAAUUUUGAUUUCCCGUACUUGUUAGAUCGCGCUGAGACGCUCGGCGUUGCUGACUUUCCGUAUUGGGGACGCAUGAUCGGCACCAAGGUUCGCAUGCGCGACACGGUUUUCUCGUCCAAGGCGUACGGUACGCACGAGAGUAAGGAGAUUUCGUGCGAGGGUCGGGUGCAGUUCGAUAUGCUGCGCGCGAUUCAACGCGAUUAUAAACUGUCGUCGUACUCACUCAACGCCGUGUCGGCUCACUUUUUAGGAGAACAGAAGGAAGACGUACACUACAGUGCCAUUUCCGAGCUGCAAAACGGUACGCCGGAAACUAGGCGACGUCUUGCAGUGUACUGUUUGAAGGACGCCUACCUGCCGCAGCGUUUGCUAGACAAACUGAUGUACAUGUACAACUACAUCGAGAUGGCGCGCGUCACCGGCGUGCCGCUGAACUACUUGCUCACUCGCGGUCAGUCCAUCAAGGUCAUGUCGCAAUUACUGCGAAAGGCGAGACAGAGAAACAUGUUGAUCCCACACAUGGCGAAGAGAGAGGGCGGAAACGUGCAAGCUGAGGGUGGUGUCGCCUACGAAGGAGCCACUGUGUUGGAGGCGAAGUCUGGUUACUACGAGGUGCCCGUCGCGACGCUAGAUUUCGCCUCGCUGUAUCCGUCCAUCAUGAUGGCUCACAACUUGUGCUACUCAACCCUAGUACCGAAACAUAUGGUAAGUAAGCUAAACCCGGAGGAUGUGGGAACGUCUCCCGCCGGUGAUACUUUCGUCAAGGCGAACAAGGUGAAGGGGAUUUUGCCAGAAAUUUUAGAGGAACUGCUCGGCGCACGUAAGCGCGCCAAGGCUGAUUUGAAGAAGGCGACCGAUCCGUUCGUGAAGGCUGUGUUGGACGGUCGUCAGCUCGCACUCAAGAUCUCUGCCAACUCCGUAUACGGUUUCACCGGUGCCACCGUGGGUCAACUUCCGUGUCUCGAAAUUUCCUCAUCAACGACGGCAUACGGUCGUACGAUGAUUGACCACACAAAGAAAAUGGUUGAGGAACGAUACACGACGAUGAACGGCUACGCCGGCAACGCCGAGGUAAUUUACGGUGACACUGACUCUGUGAUGAUCAAGUUCAACACUCCGGACUUGGCGGAGGCGAUGAGACUCGGCGAGGAGGCUGCUGUGUACGUAUCAGAUACGUUUUUAAAACCGAUUAAGCUCGAGUUCGAAAAGGUGUACUGGCCGUACCUCUUGAUUAGCAAGAAGCGUUACGCCGGUCUUCUCUGGACGAACACUGAGAAGUACGAUAAAAUGGACACCAAGGGUAUCGAGACUGUGCGUCGCGACAACUGUCUACUCGUGCGCCAGGUCGUCGAAACUGUUUUGGAAAAGAUUUUGAAAGAGCGUGAUGUGCAGGGCGCCGUGAAGUACGUCCAAAACACCAUCGCAGACUUGUUGAUGAACAAGCUGGAUUUCUCGCAGCUCGUUAUCACGAAGGGUUUCACCAAGGAGGCAGACUCGUACGGGGUCAAGAUGGCGCAUAUAGAGCUCGCGCAGCGCAUGCGUCAGCGAGAUCCCGCCACCGCGCCGGUGGUCGGCGACCGCAUCGCCUACGUCAUCAUCAAGGCGGCAAAGAACGCCAAGGCGUACGAAAAGUCUGAGGACCCGAUCUACGCCCUAGACAACAACCUGCCGAUCGAUACGAACCAUUACUUGGAUCAUUACCUCACCAAGCCGCUACUGCGCAUCUUCGAACCAAUCUUGCACAACGCACAGUCCGUGCUGUUCCACGGCGAGCACACCCGCCGCAUCGCGCAACCGACGCCGACGGCCAAGGCGGGCGGGAUCAUGCAGUUCGCUAAAAUCCGUCUCAGCUGCAUCGGCUGUCGCGCCCCGAUCUCAGACGAGAAGCUCUCGAAAUCGCUGUGCAAAAACUGCCUGAAAGAGGAGGCGAUGCACCUGCAAAGAGCGCUCGCCUCGGUGAACGGUCUGGAGGAGGACUUCAACCGUCUCUGGACGCAGUGCCAGCGGUGCCAAGGCUCGCUCCAUCAAGACGUCCUGUGCACCUCGAGAGAUUGCCCGAUCUUUUACCGACGUAAAAAAGUCCAAAAAGACCUUACCGAAGCCGCGGCGCAGUUAAAGCGCUUUGAUUGGUGA